CGGCGGCAGGAUCGUGUCGCGGCGACCCUUCGGGAUACGCUCGGCUUCAGGGCUGCUCCAGGAGGAGGAGAGCGAGGCGCGGCGUGGCGAGCCGCAGGGCCCGCGGGCCGGGCGCAUGGCUUAGGGACGCCCCCUCCCGCAGCGCCCCCAGCAUGGGGAAACUUCACUCCAAGCCGGCCGCCGUGUGCAAGCGCAGGGAGAGCCCGGAAGGUGACAGCUUCGCUGCGAGCGCCGCCUGGGCUCGGAAAGGCAUUGAGGAGUGGAUCGGGAGGCAGCGCUGCCCGGGUGGCAGCUCCGGAUCCCGACAGCUGCGGGCGGCUGGCACCGUUGGCAGAGGAACGCGGGAGCUCGUGGGCGAAGUUUUCAGAGAAACGCUCAGCGAGGAGGAAGAGGAAGACUUUCGGCUAGAAGUGGCCCUGCCUCCCGAGAAGACGGACGGGCUGGCCAGUGGAGAUGAGAAGAAGAUGGAGAAGACAGGCGAAUCCUGCCCGGGCUCCAAGAAGCAGCUGAAAUUCGAAGAGCUGCAGUGUGACGUGUCUGUGGAGGAGGACAGCCGGCAGGAGUGGACCUUCACUCUGUAUGACUUUGACAACAAUGGCAAGGUCACCCGUGAGGACAUCACCAGCCUGCUGCACACCAUCUACGAGGUGGUCGAUUCCUCCGUCAACCACUCCCCGACGUCGAGCAAGACGCUGCGUGUGAAGCUCACCGUGGCCCCCGAUGGGAGCCAGAGCAAGAAGAGCAUCCUUCUCAAUCACCCCGACCUGCAGAGCACCAGGCCCAGAGCGGAGACCAAGCCCGCCGAGGAGCUGCGAAGCUGGGAGAAGAAGCAGCGGGCCCUCCUCAGGUUCCAGGGUGACAGCCGUCUGGAGCAGUCUGGCUGCUACCACCAUUGCGUGGAUGAGAACAUUGAGAGGAGAAACCACUACUUAGAUCUCGCUGGGAUAGAAAACUACACGUCCCAGUUUGGGCCUGGCUCCCCGUCAGUGGCCCAGAAGUCAGAACUGCCACCCCGCACCUCCAACCCCGCUCGAUCUCGCUCCCACGAGCCAGAAGCCAUCCACGUCCUACACCGAAAGCCCCCAGGCGUGGACCCCGGCUCCUUCCACUUUCUUGACGCCCCAUUCGCCAAGGUCUCGGAGGUCCAGCAGCGGCUCCGGGGUGGUACCCAGGACGGGAGCAAGCACUUUGUGAGGUCCCCCAAGGCCCAGGGCAAGAGCGUGGGAGUGGGCCACGUGGCCAGAGGGGCAAGAAGCAAACCCCCCAUGGGACCUGCUGUCCCUGCGGUGUCCCCAUCCGCCCACCUGGCCGCCAGCCCGGCCCUCCUCCCCACUCUGGCGCCCCUCGGGCACAAGAAGCACAAGCACCGCGCCAAGGAGAGCCAUCAGGGGUGCCGGGGCCUGCAGGCGCCCCUAGCCGUGGGCGGCACCGUCGUGGGGCGGGACCACGUCAGGGAGCUGCCCGCGGUGGUGGUGUACGAGAGCCAGGCCGGCCAGGCGGUCCAGAGACACGAGCAUCACCACCACCACGAACACCACCACCAUUACCACCACUUCUACCAGACCUAGAGCCCCGCCCCCGCCCUUCCCCCGCCAUAUGAAGGACCCCCCUCCCCCUGCCCCCAAGGCAUUAUUAUUCUAUUAAUUAUUGUUAUUAUGACGAUUAUUGUUUAUUAAUAAUUAUUGUUACUCCACUAAUAUUCAGCUAGCCUCCAUGUAGAAGAUAUAUGGAAACACAGAACUAAACUUUUAUUUAUAUGUCGUGGGGACUGCAUAACUUACCCAAGAAAUGACUCUGGGUUUGGAAGUGGCCUGUAGUGGCAGAGGCUCCCUGGGGCUCCGGAGCUGCGGUGUCCACGCAGGCCAUUCCACACCCUUCCCAGCCCCGGGCAAGCCCUCGGCCAGAACUCUGCCCCAUCCCAGUCUCUUCCAGGAGAACACCCUUCCCUGGCCCGGCUUCCAGAGACGCUUGAAAUCUCCGAGAAGAUAAACAGCUGCUACCUCUUA